UCCCUGGCCUUUAUUCCCCCAAUCCCCCCCCACUCAAAUCCCCUUCCAUUUCUCUCUCGAGGUCAUCAAUGGCGGACAAAAUCCAUCCGUCAGAGGAUUCAGAGCCCUCAACCGAAGCCCUCCUCCCCCCAAAGAUCAAUCCACCCACCUACAUCAUCCAGCUCCCCAAAGACCAGAUUUACCGCAUCCCACCACCGGAGAACGCCGCGCUCUUCGAAUCCUACUCUCGCCGCUCCUCCCGUCGCCGCCGAUCGUGCCGCAGGUGUCUCCUCUACUCCCUUGUCUCCCUCCUUAUCCUCUUCAUCCUCCUCGCCGCCACUCUCACCAUCCUCUACUUCACUCUCCGCCCCCGUCUCCCCUCCUCCCAACUCUCCCACCUCUACCUCAACUCCUCCCUCACCUCCUCCUCCUCUUCAUUCCUCGCCUCCUUCCUCUCUGAGAACCGAAACACCAAGAUCUCAUUCCGCUACCUCUCCGGCGGCUCUCUUUCUCUCUCCUACUCUGGCGUCGAUCUCGCCACCGGUGUCUGGCCGGCUUUUAAGCAGUCAACGCGAAACGUAACGUCAUUUAACGUCACGAUUAACGGCGCCGGAGUUCGGUUGCCGGGGGAGAUGGUCACGAAGCACGGGACGGUGGCGCUCGCCGUUGACGUGACGGCACCCGUUAAGUUCAAGCUUGGUAGUGUUAGUUCCUGGGCUUUCACUGUUAAGACUCGGUGUGAUUUAACGGUGGAUGGCGAUGGGUUGACGGCGAAACCGAUGAAGAUGGUUUCAAACGCUUGCCGAGUCAGGCUGAGGUUGUGACAUUUGGAUGAGUUUUACUUACUUUUUGGGGGGUAAUUUGGUAAAUAAUGACUGUGGUGGGACAGAUAAAAAGGAAUUUUUGGUUUUUGUUUUGUUAUUUUUGUUAUUGUUGGUGGAGGUGGUGGUGC